AUGUCCUCGUAUACCUAUAGACUGACUAUCCAGCAUCGUCCCCUGGUGAUACUUAUUGUCAGCUUAGCACUGCUACUGACCGUACCCUGUGCCGAUGGACUUCCAUUGUGGGAUUAUUUUACCGGAGUGGAUACUACCGACGAUAGUGCUGCAAGAAUGGAUACAACUACGAUGGAGCUCAUCGAACCUCGGCAAGAUUACUCCAAACCCUUGUUACGGUACGACACGGUAGUUCCAAUACUGCAGGUUAUUCUAACACCAAUUGGUCGUAUGGUUUGGCCGCGUGUUGAGCAAUGGGUUUCCGGACUGUUUGGUGCGUAUCUUGACAGUGCGAAUAGAGCCAUCGACAGCAUCUCACAGUAUGCAACAGAUAACAUAUCCUUCCAGACAGGAGAUGUAUACUACACAAAAAGUGACAUGAUUGAUGGACACGGACACCAGUCUUUAAUUAUCACUCUGCCCUCAGGAAGAACAAUAACGGUGCUAACGUUCAAAACGAAGAAUAAAUUCAAUGUAUUUGACGAGUUUCCACAGCUAUCCGAAACGCAGAAUGAGGUGAGAGAAUUGAAUUGA